UGUCACGUUUUGAAGCCGUAUUUCAUCCAUGCAUUGAAUCAAAGUAGGAGGCGUCGAACUCUGCUAAACCUCUGACGAAGACUAUACUGUGAUUUCACAGCGUAAAUCCUCCUCCAAUCCGCUACAAGAUGGAAACACACAAUGCAGCAGUGGACAAGAUAUCAUCUCAAGUACAACAAUUUUAUGAAGCAGAGAAACCGUAUCGCAUCUAUCAUGGCUCCACAAACAGCACUCGCGACUCCCGCCGAGACCCGAACAGUUCCAUCGACACAAGCAAGCUCAACCAUGUACUGCACAUCGACACGACCAACAAGAUCGCGACUGUUGAACCAAAUGUACCCAUGGACGAUUUCGUGCGCGCAACAUACGCGAAAGGCCUUGUCCCGCUCGUGGUGAUGGAGUUUCCCGGAAUCACUGUCGGAGGAGGCUUCGCAGGAACGAGCGGCGAGAGCAGUUCUUUCCGUCACGGCUUUUUCGACAAUACUGUCAGAUGGAUCGAGAUCGUUGUUCCUACAGGAGAAGUCCAACGCAUCAGUCGAGAAGAGAACCCAGAGCUCUUUUGGGGAGCAGCAUCAUCAUUCGGCACAUUAGGAGUCGUCACACUCCUCAAGAUCCAACUCCGGGACGCAGCAGAAUACGUGGAAUUGACCUAUCAUCCCUUCACCAACAUGAACGACGCAAUGAAGCUCGUCGAAAGCGAAACCUCCAACCCAUCAACCGACUUUCUCGACGGCAUAGUCUUCUCCCACAACCACAUAGUAAUCUGCUCCGGAAAACUCACCAACUCUCCCCCAAUAUCAUCCCCCCUCUACCACUUCACCCGUCCCCAAGACCGCUGGUUCUACCAACACGUCGAACGCCUCACAAAACCCCACUCAACCAUCAAUACUAUCACCAAAAUCCACACCCCCCUCGCAGACUACCUCUUCCGCUACGACCGCGGAGCCUUCUGGGUAGGCCGCUACGCCUUCCAAUACUUCCUCACCCCCUUCAACCGCAUAACCCGCUACAUCCUCGACUCUUUCAUGCACACCCGCGUAAUGUACCACGCCCUCCACGCCUCGGGCCAAGCAAAAAUCUACAUAAUCCAAGACGUCGCGAUUCCCUACCAGAACACCACAAAAUUCCACGAUUGGUUGGACGAGACCUUCUCCAUCUAUCCAAUUUGGCUUUGUCCUCUCCGUCAACGCCGCGAUGCACAAAAUUCAGAGUAUGGAUUAUACUCUUCACUCGCAAAUCCAGAGAAGACGCCGGAAUUUAUGAUGAAUUUCGGCGUCUGGGGCCCCGGCUCUCGUAAUCGGAAAGAAUUCCUGCAACAAAACCGCUCUUUGGAACACAAAGUCGACGAACUGGGCGGGAGGAAAUGGUUAUAUGCUCAUGCAUAUUAUACUGAAGAGGAAUUCUGGAGUAUGUAUGAUAAGCAAGAAUACGAUGCUUUGAGGAAGAAAUAUGGGGCGCAGUAUCUGCCGAGUGUGUAUGAUAAGGUGAAAGUGGAUUUAGAGGGGAAAGAUCGAGCAGCGGCGGGAUGGAAGGAGAUGGUUUGGGGGAUUUGGCCUUUGAGUGGGUUGUAUGGGGUUUAUAAGGCUUGGAGAGGAGGGGAGUAUUUGAUGCAGAAGAGGACGAGUGAGAGGAUUAUGGGGAUGAAGAAGGUGGAGUGA